AUGUCAGCAAGAUUUAUCUCAGCAAGCCUGAUCCGGACUGUGAUCAAGAAUGGAAGAUCACUUGAUGUUCAAAUUGUAGAUAGGACGACUCUGUGGACACGCCCUUCUGGAUUCCCUUCUGCGGGUGUCCAAGAUGACUUUGUGAACGUUGUGGAGGAGAACGCAAGCGUUUUUAGUGAAAAUACUACAGCAGUUGCUAUGAAGGAAUCUGAGCAUCAAAGUGAUCUCGACAAGCGCAUGCACUACACGGCCUUUGAAUUAGAUAAGAAUAACAACGUUAUUGCGACUCAGCACUUGGUUAAACAGAGAUAG